AUGCGGGGUUCUGAUGAUCUUUACUUCCUCUUGCUGCAUACUGAAUUCUUAGCGCAUUCUUUCGGCAAGAAGAAGCAGAGAGCGAAUUUCUUCGAUUUUGGCCAGAUUGUCGAACAAAGGAAGUCGGUGUUCGAACGUCACUUUAUUCGUUGCGUCUUUUCAUCUAUCGACUUCUCUCCCUAUGAGUCUAAGAGCUCGCAGAAAGAUCUUCAUCAAAUACAGCUCUUCGGCCAGAAACUCAGCUCAAUUCUGUCCAGACCUCAUUUUGUGUCUCUGUUAUGCUACGCUAUCGAUACACCUUUACCGUCUUUCAAGGGAUUUGGGCCAUCUCGCCACCUUCUACCCCAAAUCAGUCGAGUGCUCAAGUUGGGCCGUGCACAGGAAGUCAUGUUGGGUCUCGCUCUAAUGCACUGCGGCAAUUCCGAGGUCGUGUACCACGCACAUCAAUGGAUCCGUCAAAAGCUACCAGACCUCAUCCGUUCGCAUUUAUUAGAGAAUGAAUCAGUUGAUUCGCAAGCUGCACACGAAUCAACCAGUGAUUUGGUCGAUAAAUCACCGGACUCGCGGGGAAUCAUCACAUCAGGGAUUUUGCGCGAAGAGUCGGAGCACUUUGGUGUCACUAAUCCUAUGAUUUCCAAUCUUCUGGCAUCGCUUAGUCGAGAGUUACCACGCAACUGUGUUCCACUUGUGAUGUCUGCGAUGCUUUAUCCGGAUCUACUGGAACCCAAUCCAGCGAUAACAUACCAAGAACCAGGAGAGUUGCCUUGUGGGAUUGUAUCUAUUCCCAAUGUCAGUGCACCUUUAUCUAGACUGCACACUUUGGCGGUGGAUCGCCACUCGAAUGCGGUCAUCGAUGUUGAGCCGUUACCAGACCUAACUUUCUGGGAACCUACUACAGUCCAUCCGGAAGAGGAAGAAACCGAUGUUUCUCUACUUGCAGAUUUGAUGGAGGAACUGGGCUACGCCUGCACCCACAAUUUGGAUUCUAUGCGAUUGACAUUGGCCGAAUUGAGUCAGCGCGAAGUGACACCGGCUGCAGUGGCUAAGUGCAUAUGCUUGUUUAUGCGGACUGCCGAUGGUCAGUUGAGACAUCGUGCGCCUUCUGAUGCCUUUGCCGAUGAAGUAGAGGAAGCACGUAAGGGCUCACUGAGAACACUUCGUUUUGGCAAAUUUGGAACAGAUGAUUGUGGACUAGCUGCAACGUCAUCGAUGCCUACCAGCCACUUCUCACUGCAUCAGGAGAAUGUCGAUGUUAUAGACCCAAUUCAACCCACCGGAUCUUCCUCUGAUCUUGAUGUUUGGAAUGUGGAAAACUUCCUCACUGCGGUUUUCGAACUGAAUCCAGCAAUUUCUCUUGGUCAGAUUAUCUCGGAAUUGGACCGCUUGGAAUUUUUCGUUGCCAAUCGAGCCGCAUUCCUGAUACUGAAGCAAUGCUUGCUACGGGACCCCCAAUCACAACUACCGACACCUUGGUUUUACGGCCACUGGACACACGUCUACGGCCAACUCUCACUGCUAUACGCCUGUUACAAUUACCCAGAUGUCCUUUGUGUGAAUUACUGGCCCUACCGUUGCGUGGAUCUGUCUCUGUAUCGCAUAAAUCCAGGUGAAGAACAGGCCCAUUUGCAAAUAUGGAAAAACAUCGACUACGUACAGGCGCUUCUCAGCCUUUCAGAACGUGGUCUUUUCUCAUCUGUCUAUGCUUUUCUCCGACAAGCAUUACACUCGCAUCCUGAUGUUGUCACCGCCACCCUUCUUGAAACCGCUCCUUGUACCGCUCGGUCUGUUUUGCUCUGCCAUGCGUUUGUCUACUUUCUCUCACCCCGCACGAACUCCCAACCAGUGCUUCAGACUGCGUGGAAUGGUAAUAAGUACCAGAAACAUGCCAUGAACACUGCCACUUUGCACGAACAGAGACUGUUGCUUCUAUCAGCAGUCGUAGAGUACACUGCUCAGUCGAUUGCCGGGGUCGCCGAGCCAACUACCUUCGGGGAACCGACUACACUAACUUCCAGUCCUACAGUUCAAAACAAUCUGACUCGCACCGUGGAACUGCUUGCUGGCAUCUGCGAUGUUUCUGCCGGCAGUCGAACUGGUGCCUUGUUACCCGUGCUCCUGGGCACAACGGAAGCUCCAUCCGCCGCUGUCUCUGUUCUGCUGCCUUCAGUUGGUUCCGGUCCUCCUGCCAUACCAAACGCGUUUUCGGUACCAUUUCAUAUCUUACCCCAACCCAUGCACUCCAUCGAUCUAGCUCUUGUACUUCUCGUGCGAAUUGCCAAUGCAGUGAGCCUCGCCGCUUCUCGCACAAACGCAGAAACCAGCUCAAUGGCUUCCAUACAAAACGCCAUCCGUGUAUUUCUCCUGCAGUGGUUCACCGAAUAUGUCCGUGACCGCCAAGUUGCAGAGCGAUUUGCCUAUGGAAUUGUGGAAUACCUGCGCGUUCGCUACGCAUCCUAUUUGUUGAGCACGGGGCCCCUAACCGACUCCAAGCCAAUGGCGCUAAUCACCUGUUUACCGAUGGAGCUACGUAAGCCUUCGGCUGCCCUACUUACACGGAUUAUCCAGUCAGCCCAGGGUGCUUUGAAGUCUGCAACCUGUUGCCUCAGGCAAGAAAUCGUGGUUGACAUUUCUCAAACGUUAAGCUUGUAUCUACAAAAUUUAUCAUCCGUCGCUGCUCAGUCUACUCAAAUCUCUCGUAUCGGCUCAUCUGCGUUUGGAUUAACUAUGAAACACGGUGCUAGUGGGGUCGGAAUUAAUGCGAUUUCCCAGCCUCAGUCCCAACAGCAAACUCGGUGCACAUCUUCCACAGUCGCUCUUCCCUCCUCGAGCCAUAUGUACCAGUCAUCUGAUCUACCCGCAGUCAGCAGUUACGGUCCUGUUCCAGAGGACACCUUUUGUCGGUCUUCCGCAGGGAGCUCCCUCAUUGGCCGGCUAAAUCAACCGAUCUUUACCCAUGGGUCUGCUCUGCGCAAGCAGUCUGACGGAUUGACCUCUCACGGAGUCUCCUAUCCCACAGAUCAUCAGCCGAUCGCUUUGUCAUUCACAAAUGAGCCCAUUAAGCUUGAAAUGACGAAGGAGGCUGAGGCAGAAGCCUAUGGUUUCUUCCAAAAACUGUUGAAGGGAAUCAGCUCCCCGGAUGACAUGUUCAAAGCUGUUUGCGAGUAUGCUACUCAGGGAAACUUGUCACAGCGGAAGCUCUUGGACGAUGUCUUGCGUAUGCUCGCUGAUGAAGUCAGUCAGUACCUUCCGGAUUAUCCUGAACCCAUGCUUCCACUGAUAUCCGAGCUGUAUGGCAAUAUUUUGGCCGCUAGCACCCAACUGCUCCCGGUGCGAUCUUUGUCAAUAUUAUGGCGAGCGCUGCUCACCAGACUUCACUCCUUCUCACCAGACAUGGCCGAUUCGCCCCUAUUCCGCGCCAUCAUUCGCAUCCUCAUCAAAGCCAAGAAUGCGUUUACUCAAUUUUACAAUUUACCAGGUUGUCUGGUCAGCUGUCCAGUUUUCAAAUUCUUUCCUCAUGAAUUGCAAGAGUACAUUCUGAAUGCUGAGAUGCUUGCCAACAACUACAUACGCUCGCAACAGACUGGUCCCAAGCCGUUAGUGACCACUGCUUCGACUAAUGCGUUCAAUUCGGUCAAUCAGCUAACCGGCCAAACCUCUUCGUUGGGAGUAAGCUCCACUUCACAGCUUCCUGGGCUUGUAUUACACUGUACCCAAUCUGAAGCACCCCCUAAGGCUCCAGAUCCACCUGAAGAGGCCAUCUCUGAUCGAAUUUACUUCUUAUUCAACAACGUUUCGCAGUCGAACGCGAAAGAGAAAUCCGCUGAGCUAACGGAAUUGCUUUCAGAUGAGCGAUUACUACCCUGGUUCGCAUAUUAUCUGGUUGGAAAGCGUGUUCCUGUAGAACAAACCUUCCACGAAUUGUUCGCUUUUGUCUUGGAACAAAUCCAGGAGCGGAUUCCGAAUGUGCGCCCUAAAGUUAUGCAGGAGCUGAUUCGUCAUAUCAAGUUUCUGCUGCGCAAUAUGCGAAAGGAUCGCGAUGACAUGCAGGCGCGGACUGCUCUGAAAAAUCUGGGUGAUUUUCUCGGAUUGAUUACUCUUGCGCGAAAUAAACCCCUUUUGCACGAUGAUCUCAAUGUGAAGGAUUUAGUCUAUGAGGCCUACCAUAAGGGACCAGUUUCAUCACAGUACGUCGUCCCAUUCGUCGCACGUAUUGUCAAAGGCGCCACUAACAGUGUGUUCCGUCCGCCAAACCCGUGGACAAUGGCUAUCUUAAAGGUAUUCCGUGAGCUGUAUGAUCUGAAAGACGUGAAGGAUUGUCUACGUUUCGAGAUCGAAUUGCUCUAUCGAAAUUUCUCACUGAAUGUGGAAGAUGUGCCCAUGGCUAACUUUCUUCGGGAUCGUAACCACGUCAAUAAUCUCGAAGUGCAGCUUUGCUUCUUUGUCACUUCCGAUUCAUCUAACAACCUCUCUUCUGCUACCCUCUCCGGUGCUGCGAUUACAGUGGUCUCCGGCACCGACACUUUCGCUACUGGCCCCGUCUGUUCCGAGACUACUUCAAUCGCGGUAGCGCCCGCAGUACCUGUACAGCAGCAGCAACAACAUGUUUUGAACAUGCUGGUUGCAUUGCAGAAGCAGCAAUCCCAACAACAGCAACCUAUCACUGCACAGGCGUCCACGGCUUUGAUUGGCGCUUCGGACGUGGCCAGCACUUCAGGGGCCACUAAUGUGUCGCAGUCAAUGUAUUCAAUAUCUGGACUUGAUUUGAACAAUGUGAUUGUUUCUGGGAAUGGAAAUUCAAAUACGCGCGCCCUUGUUUUGGCCGCUGCCCUCGCUGCUAACCAGUCACAAAAACAUCUGCCACCAGGUCAGCAGUUCCGAUCCUCUAACAUCACCUCAACCACCGCCAGUGGAAGUGGAAGCGCUUCCGCGGCAUUUUCCAUUCAGCAAAAACAGUUGGCCGUUGCUAUGGCUACGUUACAACAGCAGCUGCAGUCCCAGCAGGCCUCCAACGCUGUCGUUCCCUAUACUCCUAGCGUGUCGCUUCAACACGGUAUCACUGGGAUCACACCAGACUCUACAGUCGACGUUUCUGGUGGUAACCUCCGGUACGAAGACGUCAGUCUGCAAACUAUUCGGGCAUCUUUGAAGUUGGAUGACAUUAUCGCUGUUGCCGGGUCUGUUAAUCGAACUGCCAGUGGAGCUCCUGCUGCUGGUACCAACUCCGCUCACGCCGCAGUCACUCUUUUGCAGUCCAACCCUCGUCUACGUACCCUAAUCGAACCUGCGAUGAGUCGUGCCAUAAACGAACUAACCACCCCCGUCUUUGAGCGAUGUGCCCGAAUCACAGUCACAACAGUACUUAACGUAGUUCGCAAAGAUUUUGCCAUGGAUCCCGAUCCUAACCGAAUGCUUUAUGCUGCCCGCCAGAUGGUUCGUCAUCUGACUGCGGGUAUGUCCCUCAUCACCGCUCGCGAGGCUUUAGGUGUGUCCUUGGUAACGUCUCUUAAAAAUGUUAUUUUGGCAGAGGUGCAAACAGCUUCCGGUCAAGAAAAGGAAGCAGUGCAGCGGCUUGCUCAUCUCAUCGUUGCCAGAUCUAUGCACACUUGCUUGGCAUUUAUGCAGAAAUCGGUCGCAGAAAAGUCCGUCCUGGAGGUUGAGAAGAAGUUGGAGAACGAUUUGAAGCUCCGGACUGAGUUAGGACCGCGCCGUUUCUUGGAGCAGGCAGCGACUCAGUUGGCCACGGUGCAAGCAAACAUGCCUGAAGUUCUCCGCCUUGGAAUUGGGGGCCUCACUCCUUCCAAUAUGUCAGUUUACGAUGAAUUCGGUCGCGUGAUUCCGGGGUUCGCCCAGUCUCCAGUUGUUCCAAGCGCUGCCCCUUCUCUUGUUCCGACUGUGGGGCACUCGAAUUCUCAGAGCACGAAUGCGGCUCAAGUUGCAGCCUUUUUACAGCAGCAACAACAAGAUAUUUCUUCAGUCAGGAUGCAAAGGCAAAUUUCGGCUGGCCCGGGAAGCGUAUCACUGUUGAAACCCCUACUGAAUCAGGGAUCUGCACAACAGUCCUUGCUGCUCCUACAGCAGCAACAACAACAACAAAAGGUUUCGGCUACUGGCUCUUUGGAUGAUAUCGUAGCGCAAAUUGAGCGCCACUUGGCCUUCAUCUCGAACCGUUUGUGCUCCACAACCGAUCCUAUGAUUCGCUCAUUACGGUGCUUCAUUGAUGCUAUGAAUUUGGCCAAAACUAAUCGUGACCCCAAUGUCGCGAUCGCCGUGAUUUCCACCAUAGUGCAGAGCUUUUUGGAACACUAUCGACCGAGUGCCUGGUGUGAUCAGCCUCGUGGAUUGGAGACAAUGGAACAUCUAAAAGAAGCUUACAUGCUUACUCUCAGGCAUAUGCUGUCUUCCGAUCAGGCCCCUUUUGGUUACGCAUGGGUCACAAGACAGGUAACCCAGGCGUGGAUCCACCUGGAUGGUGGUAGUAUAUCUAAAGACAAGCAGCCAGUAUCUCUACCCAAGGUUUCAGAAGCCUUAAUGGAGGCGGGUGGUGAGUCGAAUGUUGCAGAUAGCCCACGCGACACAGUGGGCGGGGAUUACACUGGGGACAAAGAGAGAAGUGUAGCGUGGUCGAAAUGGAAGCCCUUGCAGCCCGAUGCUUCUCGACCCGAAGGGGGGCCGAUUCAAGGCAAGGUGAAUUCCAUUAAGUGGAAUUGGGAGGCUUUUGCCGAGCUGCUCAAGGUUCAUGUAGUUUAUCUUUCACAGGUCGAUGCGUAUCUCUCUCAGGAAGUCAAUGCCGGCCACCCAGGUGCCAUCAUGUUCGUUAUCGAUUUACUCGAUCACUUCGUUCUCCCUUGCCCAUCGGGCACUGCUGUUGGAGCUGCCGCGGCAGCCGCUGCAAGCUAUGCUCGGGCGAGCUUCAACUGUAUUUCAUCUGCUAGCGGCGCUCAAGUGGGCCCCCAGCAGGCGACCACGGCAACAAAUUCGGCUGCAGGGGUGCCUUACGCUUCCACUCCCAUGCCGCAGUCUAUGAGCCAGUCGAAACGGGAAUUCACCGUCCUUAACGAAUACGAUCUUUGGUCCACAUUGGAGGCUAUGCGCUCUUGUGUUAACUGCUUGAAUGCUGCGGCCUCAACUCGACUCGUCAGUCUCACGGAUCCGCUUGGUUUGCGUCUACGUUUGGCUUGUGCUCGAGUUCGUGGCCUACUAGAUCUCGGACUUCUUGAGCAGUCUCCAUUAUUCGCUACAUCGUUGGGUGCUUUUACUCCGAUCACUGCAUUUUAUUCAGGUUGCAGUCAGGCCCGGGAAUUUGACGAUCCACCAAACUUGCAAGAAAAAGUUGAGCUUCUUAUGCGUCAUUGGAUUGAAGUGUACCAGAGUCCUCGACAACGGGAUCCGGCUACCAUCGAAGCAGUGUUAAGUCAACUCACUCAAAUUGGAGUUUUGCCGAAUUUAGACAACCUUACGCGUUUUCUGCGUCUUGCCACAAUUUUUGUCAUCGAACGGGCUCUGAAACAUCUUAAACUUCAGGAUCAACAGCAGCCGCAGCAUAUGAACGCUCCUCCUGGUACCGGUGCUGUGCCGAGUGCCUUUCAGCCUGGCUUCAGCGGAGCCAAUUCCAACUCCAGCAUGUCUGUGGCCCGUUUGGCUGCCUAUGUGGAACUGGAUGCCUAUGCUCGCCUGAUCAGCAUCAUUAUCCGGCGAAGUGGUGAAUUAUCAGACCAGAGAAAUAUCAAGGUUAUACUAGUUAAUAAAGUUCUCGGAAUAAUUGCCGGGACUCUUCUACAGGAGCAUGAAGUACGCCGUCAUUGGUUCCAUCCGAUGCCUUUCGAGCGAAUCUUUAUCAUGCUGUUUGUCGAAUUGCAUUCUUCAUCUCAGCUUUCCACACGCGAUCCAUGUGAGUCGCAAACUGAAGCAGUGAUCGAACAACGUCAAAGUGAAUCAGACCCCGCAACUUCCGAAAGAGCCUCUGGCUCCAGUGAUGCUUCAUUAAGAAACACAACUCGAGCAUUAUCGAACUUGAACCUUCAGCAGCAACUUCCUCUGAUUUUCUGUCACUUGCUUCAUUGCUUGCGCCCAGAAAAAGCCACUGCCUUCGUUCUUUCCUGGCUGGAAAUGCUGGCACAUCGCUGGUUUGUUAGUCGGAUUUUAGCUUCUCCUGUUUCACCCCAGUUGCGAUCUGCCUAUCAGGCCAUGUAUGCGCAAGUGUUGGUUGAUCUUUUGAAGUUCCUUGGGUAUUUUUUGCAAAAUGCCCUUAUGCCAAAGCCCAUCCAGUGUUUGUACAAGGCCACUUUGCGUCUGUUCCUCGUACUCAUUCACGACUUCCCGGAGUUCGUCUCUGACUACUACGCUCUGUUUUGCGAUGUCGUUCCGUCGAACUCUAUACAAAUGCGGAAUCUCAUUCUUUCUGCACUUCCCAAGCGUGGAAUCCCUUCAACAGAUCCACUUCAGGCACCCCCGGUCGACAAUCUGGCUUCUCUUGAAGAUCCAACUGGGUACUGCAUGGAUGCUGGAUCUCGACUGCCUGAGCCCAUGCGCAGUGAGCUAGACGCUUAUUUGGCCACCCGUGCUCCUGUUAAACUCUUAAGUGAGCUGGUCACCAUGUUGAGACGGGCAGAUGAUAUCCUACCACCUUUGCCACCAUCGCAGUUCGCCUAUCAUCCGCAGCAGCAGGCUCGACAUCAACAGGCGCUAGCGGCCUAUGCAGCUGCUCUAGCUGCAAAUGACCCCGGUGGCUCCUCAGCGUCACUACAAAUGCAUACCGGCCCUAGAGCAGAUGUUAAACCCAUCUCAACAGACGCCACGGUGAUCAAUCCGUCCGGUAGACCGACUGCAGGCGACUCUACCGGUUUCUCCGAACCAACUGAAAGCAAUGUCUUUACUGAAGGAGUUGGAGAACAUUCAGCUGCUCGUUCAACUUCCGGAACUGUCAGUUCCAGUGCCGCAGCGGCUGCCCUCCUUUGGGGCGUGCGUGCAACCCAACAGUUGGCAACGUUUGGCUUAGCGGAUGGGAUGCAUUACAAUGUGGAGUUGAUGACCAAUCUAGCUCUGUAUGUCUGCAUCACCGCCAUACGUAACUUGAGAGACAAGGGUAUGCCGUUAAACAUGAGUACAAUUGCGCAUACUCCCCAGAUGGACAUCAUCCAGAGCUUGGUGCUUAAUUUGGACAACGAAGGUCGUUACCUUCUGUUGAACUGCAUGGCAAAUCAAUUGCGGUAUCCGAACUCGCACACUUAUUACUUCAGUUACACGAUUCUAUAUCUGUUUUCCGAGCAAUCCAAGGAGCAAGUCAAGGAGCAGAUUAGCCGUGUUUUGAUGGAGCGACUGAUCGUGAAUCGUCCACACCCUUGGGGUCUUUUGAUGACAAGCGCAGAGCUCUUGCGCAAUCCUGCAUAUCGGUUCUGGGAACACGAAUUUGCUCGGUGUAAUCCCGAAAUUGAAGCCAUCGUCACAAUCGUGGCACGUAGCUGUAUUCCCAAUUUUCAAAUCCCGACUACCCCGCCGUCCAGCUCUGGUGGUUCGACUUGCAUCCGAAAUGCUCUGGUUGCAUCAUCCGUUUCCUCCACUGGCGAUCGCCGUCGACAAGCCUCUCCCUUUUCUCGAGGUAGCCCAACUGUAAAUGAUGCUGGCCCAUCCUCUGUGCGUGCUCCUCGUGCCUUGAACUCGUUCAUCCCCGGUUAACAGAGUCUGUAUGCAGUUGUCGGUUGCUUUGGCUGCAUCGUUGGACUUCUGUAGGCCUCUUACCCUCGUUUCAUACUGUUCAAAGCUGUGUAAACAUCCUUCUACCUGAGCUUUCACAUCACAAAACGUCCACAUCCCACCAUCAUCUGAUCAGUGUACACUGAUUCCAUCUGUUUCAAAUGUUCAUCUCUCUCGCGCACCCACGCUGUCCUUUGUGUUUUACUUGCUCCCGCAGUCCUCCUCGCCGAAACGCCCUCUUGAAGAGACACCACCACCACCACUCCUGUCCAUGUCAGCCUCUCUCUUAUGGGCGGCUCACUUUCUGUCCAAUUUUCGCAGAUGUCUAAACAGCUUUUCUAUUGUUUUUCUUCUGUUUCAUUCGCUAUACAGUCUGUCAUCUGCACUUUA